CACGCACCUACCCCAUCCUUCCUGGCAUAUCCUCGACCACUCGCAGACUGCUAGACAUCAGAGCAGCCGACACAUAUGACUUGGCUGCGACCAGAGUACACGCUGCCCGUGCCCAGACUUGACUUUGCCUUCCACCUCGAAGUCACGCUCGAUCCGCUGCGCAAGGUCGGCCAGACGGCUCAAGGUGCUGUGCGCUACAUGGUCUCGUUCCGCGAAGGAAGUCUAUCGGGUCCUUGCAUACAAGGACGGCUUUUGCCAGGCGGCGCAGAUUGGCUCACUUCGUCUGACGAUGUGGCAGCUGGAACGCGCACUUCCCUGCUCGAUACGCGGUAUGGUAUAGAGACCGACGACGGUGCCAUUAUCUACCUACAGACAAAUGGCGUCCGGACCGGACAGAUCGAUGUGCUCGAUUCGCUAUCUACAGAUGCUAGCGUACCCGCGUCAGCAUACUCCAUGCGGCUGUCUAUCAAAGCAGAAACAGACCGACAGUGCAAGCACGCUUGGCUCAACAGUGCCAUCUUGAUUGCUAGUGCCGGUCGUACUAUCUCGCCUUCAGGCCAGGAUAUGGUGAUAUACGAUGCCUAUCUCAUCACAUGAAUGCAUGUAAAAGACAUUCCAGAGAAGCUCGUCAACGCUCAGCGAACGCUCCUGAGAGUCAUGAAACAGGCUCGUGAUGGCACGACAACAGAUCAAAACGAUUGAGGUCCUGUUGAUACCUUUACGAUACUUAAGACCUCCAUGCGCGCGGAAGCGGUUUAGGCAGCCAUUCUCUGCGCCGUGAGUAGAUACUAGUGUCAACAUGGAUAUUCACAGUCGCUGUCAUGACCACGUUCCCGGAUAGAGCAUUGUUACCAUUGCGAACGCGAUUGCGAUGAGUGCUGCUGCGACCAUGAGACGAUUGAGUGAGGCGAAACCUGUCUUGAGUGACUG